AUGGAAGUCUUGUUGAUCAAGGUUCUUCCUUGCGGCCACGACUUCCACUCCGAUUGCCUUGACCCUUGGCUGGAGGUCAAGGCCGAGUGCCCACUCUGCAAGGUACCGGCACCUGCCUUCAUCAAAUCGCGACAUCGAGAUGAGGUGGCGCAUGGCCGCGCGGUGCACGCAAUCAACUCCUCCGCCAUUGCCCAAGCACCACCACUGUUGAGAUCGCGAUCACGCCAUGCAUCGCGAGGCUCCCAGUUGGAUGGCAGACGGAGAAGGGAAGGAAAGGUCGACGGGGGAAUGCUUCCUAUGAGACCGUCGUCACCACUACCGCCAGAGUCUAGCGCACGUUCCACGCAUGUGGGAGCGAUUCAAGAAGAAAGAUCGUUGCCGAUUGAAAGGGCAGGGGAGAGAACACCGGAACAGGCAAGGGUCUUAGAGGGGACACAGCAAACUGGAGAGGUGGUCCCGGGACGGCCUGACUGGGAUGCUUGGGGAGAAUCGAAAAUGGCGGACUUCGCUGCAGAUGGUCAACCUCUGGCUGCGGAGCACAACAUUGCUCUUGACACGGCCGCUACUGGCAUCGGUCCACCUGUUGAGUCCGCGGUCGUGGGUUCAAGGCCGCUUGAUGUCGGAGAGGCGGCAGUCACAGCAAGCGCUGGUGGUAAGGCUGCAGACGGCUGCGCGGACCGGCAAGGGAACGAAUUGGGAAUGGCUUCGUCAGAAUCUAAUGUUCCUCAACGUGCUGAAAGCGGUGUCAACACUACGGGAGUAGCACAGCCUCCUGCAGCGCCUGGGUUUGGUCGCGAGGAAGUUCCUCUGGACGAGCUCGAGACGGGACAAGUGGGAACAGGGAAGGGCAGAGGUAUCGCAAAUGUCGCUACCUGUGGAUUCAGCGCCGUGGUUGCAAAAGAUGGGUGUGAUGUAAGUGUAGAUCAGGCAGUUUUGUGACCAACAACUGCUGCCGAUGAUAUCGAGCACUGUGAAAGUGGCGAAAAAAUACCUCAAAUACACCUGUGCCGCCUAUCGUGUAGCACGACGGAGUGAGGCGGGCCGUACAACAACGCCACAGGGGUAUUACUAUGAUGUGUGACGAUCGGCGGCAGCCAUCGUGUCUCGGACGUUGUGGCACGGGAUGCUUUGCAGUCGAACAAACCAUCAUGGCACUCCUUGUGUCGGUCCUGUUGUUAAUCAUCCGUGAUGUGAGACGUGUAGCAUUCAAUCAACUCCGUCGGUGAUAUUAAGGUUGUGAGAUGGAGCGUGCGCGAUGAGGGUGCAUCUGUUUGUAUUGGUCAGAAACGCCGCGAUGUAGCGGCAAUGUUGUGAGCUGGAGCUUGCACGAUUAGCGUGCGUCGUUUGUAUUGGUU